AUUAGUGUGAGCCUCUACCGAGAUUAGGUAAUCAUGUUUACUGGUUCAUGACUGACUGACUCAAUCAAAACAAGCAGCUCGUGCGCUUCAUCCAAAUCGGCCGAGAAUUCUGCUACACUUGCUCGGGAAUAUGCCGAUUUCCGAUCCGCCAUCGUCUUUAUCAGGCUCUGUCUCCACCAAGUCGUGGAUUAUCCACGGCAUGGCGGCGGGGGCCGCCGCUGCCCUGGCGGUUGGCGCCCAUUACAUGUAUUAUCGGCGAUCUGGAAAGUUCCGGAGCCGAGUGGUCGGAAUCAUACCCGCCCGCUACGCUUCUUCCCGCUUCCAGGGAAAGCCUCUAGUUAACAUCCUCGGCAAGCCUAUGAUCCAGAGAACAUGGGAAAGAGCUAAAAUGGCGGCCUCAUUGGAUCAUAUUGUUGUGGCGACUGAUGAUGAGAAAAUUGCUGAUUGCUGUAGAGGUUUUGGGGCCGAUGUGAUGAUGACAUCGGAGUCGUGCAGAAAUGGGACGGAGCGUUGUAAUGAAGCACUUAGCAAGCUGAAUAAGCGAUAUGAUGUUGUUGUUAAUAUCCAGGGUGAUGAGCCGCUCAUCGAACCUGAGAUAAUAGACGGCAUUGUCAAAGCGCUGCAGGCUGCUCCAGAUGCAGUCUUCAGCACUGCAGUUACUUCUCUGAAACCUGAAGAUGCACAUGAUCCAAAUCGUGUCAAAUGUGUGGUGGAUAACCAUGGCUAUGCGAUUUAUUUCUCUCGAGGAUUAAUACCAUUUAAUAAGUCCGGGAAUGUCAACCCUCAUUUUCCAUAUUUGCUUCAUUUGGGGAUUCAGAGCUAUGAUACAAAGUUUCUCAACAUAUACCCAGAGCUGCCUCCAACUCCACUUCAGCUGGAGGAAGAUCUUGAGCAACUGAAAGUUCUUGAAAACGGAUACAAGAUGAAGGUUAUAAAAGUCGAUCAUGAGGCCCACGGUGUUGACGUCCCAGAAGAUGUAGAUAAAAUAGAGAGCUACAUGCGCGAACGGAACCUGCAUUAGCUGUAUAGUUUCUCACAGGAUACAACUGAUUUUCGAUGUGCACGGUGCACAUAAUGGUCUCAGGCCUCUUCUCCUUGCCCUGUCCAUUUAUAGUUUUUGAAGAAAUAGUUUUCUUUCUUCUCUUCUCUUUGUUGCAGAGCUCUUCACCUGGGAUAAGUGCUUGUACUAGAGAGUAAUAUUUAUUCCAUUUAUUAACCAUCUUAUGUGGUUGUGUAAAUUAUGGCUGUAAUUUAAAUAUUAAAGGCUGUACGGCUGGUAUGGUUUUCAGUUCUAAAUUGACUAAUUGUGGCAUUUGAUAUAUAUUAUCAAUAAUUUAAGACAUGUUUAUGACUCGAA